AUGGCAUCCACGAAACGACACAACGAAAUUUGUGAUGAAUGCGAUGUAGAUGCGACAUGGUAUUGCGUUCAAGACAAUGCUAAUUAUUGUGACGAACACAACACCAUCGCUCAUACUCUCAAAUCUCAAAAGUCACAUCAAAUUGUUCCGAUUCACAAAAAACAUCAUCACAUCAACGAAAAUCACCAUAGCAAACCGAUGGAUUGUAAAGUUCAUCAUAUGCCACUGUGUUUGUAUUGUUUAACCUGCCAAGAUGUCUGCUGUGUUGCAUGUCUUUCAGUUGACAUUCAUAAACAGCAUAGUGAUCAAGUGAAAUCAGUUGUUGAUUUAAUCAAAGAAGAGAAAGACUUGUUAAAUAAGCAUUUGAAAAGGAUUCAAAAACUGAAAAUCGCAUUUGCUGAUGAACAAGAUCAAUUGGAACAAGCUUUACGAAAUGUUCAUAUCAGUGAAACGGAAGGAGAAGCGAAGAUCGAUCGGGAAUUCGAUCAAAUUCAAGCAUAUCUUCAAAUUCGACGACAAAUCUUGAAGAAGCAGCUGGAAAGGAAAUCGAAAACAAGUCGCGAGAAAAUCUGUUCUCGACAAGAUGAAUUAUCGAGCAUAAAUUCGAAUAUAAAUCGAUGUUUUCAAGAAGGUCAACAGCUGAAUGCAUCGAUGAAUGUGACACAAUCGAUACAUCUGAUUGAACAAAUGAAAAGGAUCGAAAAAGAAAAUGUUGAGUUUUGUAAUCAAGCUCAACUAGGUAAUUCAUUAGCAUUUCAUAUAUCGAAUCAAGCUAUUCUAAAAACGAUCGACACUUUGGGAUUUAUUGGAUCGCUGCCUACGGUAAAAUUUCGUCGAGAAAAAUGUAAAGCACAUGUUCAUCAUCUCGACAUCGAAUGGGAAGAAUUCGAUGAUGAUGAUAAUUCAGUUAUAACUGACUAUGUUUUGCAAGUCGGACAAGAUGAUAAUGAUUUUCAAGAGGUUUAUCGUGGUUUAGAUACGAAAUAUCGUUUACUACGAUUGCAAUCAGAUACACUUUAUUCAUUGCGAUUGUUUGUUAAUAGUAAUGGAGAAAUGCAAACUCCGACGAUACUGGAAAUGAGAACAUUGAAAAUCGUUUGUAAGAAAGAUUUAAAUGAUUGGACUUUGUCAAUGUCAUCAACGUACGAACUAUUAAAUGCUGAAAAUACACGUGAAUCUCUAUUAGAUGAUGAUUUUACAACUGGUGCUGCAACAGAUUAUGGCACAUCAUGGAUCAAAGCUUCGUUUUCGUAUCCGGUACUUGUGAAUGGUGUCACGAUUGCACCAUUGCACAAAGACAUAAAUACGUGGGAUCCACGACAUGGAAAUUCAGGUAGUGUACAAUAUUCCAAUGAUAGUAUGAACUGGACAACUAUUGGAACAAUCGAAUAUGUUCCAAAUGAAAAGCAAAAACUUGAUGUCGGAGGAAUUACAGCGUCAUACUGGCGAUUGUUUCACAGUAAUUAUCUUGGUACUAGUUGUCUCAUUUUUGAAUAA